CGAAGGUUAGGGUUCCUUAGAGAGCGAUUAUAUCUUAACGAACGUUCCUUUGGAUCUUGUUCUCGAAGAUUGAAUAUUAAUAUUUUUUAGAAAACCUUCGUUUUAUCCUUUUUGUUUUUGUUUUAAACACUACUAAUAGGGCUUUCGAUCGUAUUAUUUGGUAGAUCGUCGCCAUUAAAACGAAUAUAUCUGUUUUUUCCUUGUUUUUAUCGUUCAAAUCUUCAUAAACUACUCUAUUUUCUUGAAACUAUAUUAAAGAACAUUUUCAAAAAAAAUUAAAUCAAUGGAAACAAUAACAGUGCAACGUUCACCGGGCAAGCACGUUUCUGGCAUGAGACCAUUCAAGAACCCUAGAAGCAGAAGGGGUUCUCGUGGAUCUCUUUCAAGAUCCGGAGGAAGUUUGGCACUCCCUAAUAACCCGGCCUCGUCGUGGGGAUCUUCACCGGCGUAUCCUCCGCCGUCGCAGCCUAACUACUCACAGCCUCCUCUUCUCCCUCUUCCACGUGGCAACAGCUCAACUCUUCCUCUGCAACCCUUCAACAGUUCUCACCCACGUGUGAACAGCUCUACUCUUUCUUGCGCUCAGACAAGAGCAACGUAUGAAACACACCACAAGAAAGUUGAUUCUUCACCAAGAUUGGCUCGAACCGGUUCGGUUCCGGUCUGGUCUAACAAACCGUGUGAUUUUCCUAAAGGAUUUGAUGGUUAUCCCGGUCCAACAAUCUUGCUGCUAUCUCCUCCCCCGAGUAGCUUGCCUAUGCCCAAGUUUUCGAUCAAAUCGAAGGUUCGUUGCAACGCAGAAGCUGCUGGAAAGACUGACGUGGCCACUGAUAACAUCCGGCGAGUUUUACAGCUCCGGUGAAAGGUGGUGCUACUGCUACGUACGUAACGUUGAUGAUAUUACUAAUAAAAUAAGCCCAUGGGCUUUUAUGGGCUUGUGUCUAUCUUAAUUUUUAAAGUGAUAGAGCUCUCUCCUUUUGUGUGAUUUGCUAAGCCUUAACUUUUUAAAAGGCUCUCUUGACACAAAGAAUUCCCUUGUCGGAAAUGUGUUUUAUUUUAUUUUGUUACCUUUUCUAUGAUUAUUCGAAAUACUAAAA